AUGAUUAUUGACAUUCCAGUAUGUCGACUUGAAUGUGCUGAACGUAAUGAAUUUGUUGCUGUACGAGCAUAUCUCAAGCAUAAUGUUGCAUCGAUAGGAUUUUGUCGUAAUAAAACUAGUAGUGGUGCUCGAUCAUUUAUUGUGCCAUUCACUUGCCAUCGUAAUAUUGGUAUCUGGGAACCGGAUAAUGCGGAUAGUGAAGGUGUGACAGAAUUCCGUGUGCCAUGUCCGGAAAUUGUACAUUAUCCACUUGAGAAGUUGAAAACAUGUCCUGAAAGUAUGUAA